CGGACUUAUAUCCGCUGUUUACUUUCGUCAAGCAAUUUUCUUCUUAUAUUGAUUCUUUUGAAUCAAUUGACUCGAAGAAAUUCAAUCCCCAAGAAUAUACAAAUAAAACACAGAGAGAGAGAGAGAGAGAUCUUUCGAUGCUCUAAAUUUUCAAGUUGAAUUUUAGAGUACAAAAUUUUCUGGGUUUUUUCUUGAUUUUGAAGCUGAUAAUCAAGAUGGGUAGAUCGGAUGAGAACUUUCCAGGCGUGAUCAGGCCUUCAAACAUUCAAGGUGGCUUGACGGCUGCAGGACCCUGGCAAACUAGGAGGGCACUGGGUACAAUCAAUAGGAAUAUAAUUGCACCUCCCCCUUAUACAUGUACUGCCCACGAGAGAGGUGUUUUAAAAGAGAAAAAUUCUGAUGGAAAUAAGAAUCCUGCCAUUCCCAUUCAUCGACCAGUCACUAGGAAGUUUGCUGCACAAAUGGCUGGCAAUCAGCAGCAGCAAUCUAUUGAGGAAGUCAAGCCAUCUCUCCAACCAGUUUCUAAUGCACGGAAAUCUGAAGACUGCCUUAAUAUUGAUGCAGCAGACGAGGCCACGGGUGACUUCGAAAUGCCAAUGUUCGUUCAACACACAGAAGCUAUGCUGCAAGAAAUUGAUCGAAUGGAUGCUGAAGUUGAAAUGGAAGACAUUGAUGAUGUGGAGGAGCCAGUUGUGGACAUAGACAGUGGUGAUAAGAAAAAUCCACUUGCAGCAGUCGAGUAUAUUGAUGAUAUAUACACGUACUAUAAGAAGACAGAGAGUUUAAGCCGCGUCCCACCAAAUUAUAUGACACAGCAAUUUGAUAUUAAUGAAAGGAUGAGAGGUAUUCUCAUUGAUUGGCUGAUUGAGGUGCAUUACAAGUUCGAGCUGAUGGAUGAGACCUUAUAUUUAACUGUCAAUCUCAUCGAUAGAUUUUUAGCAGUACAUCCAGUCGUGAGAAAGAAACUCCAGCUCAUUGGGGUGACAGCUAUGCUUCUCGCUUGCAAAUAUGAAGAAGUUACUGUUCCUAUCGUGGAAGAUCUCGUAUUGAUUUCUGAUAGAGCUUACUCUAGAAAGGAAGUUCUAGAUAUGGAGAAAUUAAUGAUCAACACCCUUCAGUUCAAUCUUUCAGUGCCGACUCCUUAUGUUUUCAUGAUACGAUUUCUCAAAGCUGCUCAAUCUUAUAAAAAGUUGGAGCUGCUAGCCUUCUUUUUGAUUGAAUUGUGCCUGGUUGAGUACGAGAUGCUUAGAUUCCCAUCCUCUUUACUAGCGGCCGCUGCUAUUUUUACUGCUCAAUGUACUUUCAAAGGAUCGACAGAGUGGAGCAAGACUUGCCAGAAGCAUACAAGAUACAUCGAGGACGAGCUUCUGGAUUGUGCCAAACUCAUGGUAUGUUUCCACCAGAAGGCAGGCACCGGGAAGCUUACUGGCGUCUACAAGAAAUACAGUACAUGCAAAUAUGGGUAUGCAGCUAAAGCAGAACCUGCUGUUUUUCUGUUAGAAUGUGAAAAAGAAUUUAUGGGUUGACAGUGGUGAAGUAACUUGCUUCGAUGCAACAGAUAAAUUUGGGUUGGGCUUUGGGGUGCAAUUGAGCAACAUACAGUUGCCCUUGGGUGGUGGUUUCAGUGGUUUCAGAUCAAUGGUUUUUGAUGAAUUUGUUUGUGUUUAGUUUGAUAGUAUGUCUCUGAAGUUCAUUUUUGAGGUUUCACAUGGAACAUAUCGCUUAAGUCUUGUUUCGUCGAAACUAUUUCUGGUUUAUCUGAUAUCCUAAUCAGUUUGUUUGUUCAA